CAAUCCCGGAAAUCAGAACUUAGUCACAGCUACUGUUUCUGUUACUUCUUCGCGCGUGAUUCGUGUGUCAUUUCUGUUGUCACGUUUUAUUAAUAUAUUAAUUAAGUUAUCUCCACAACACACAGCAUCAGGAACAAACUAAAACAUCGCUACUCGACAUUUAUACUGUAGCUCGUCGCUAGGUAACUCGAACAGAAGCCGGUAACGAUAGCAACUUAGGCUAACGUCAGUUAGCUGGACUUCAGGUUGUGUGUUUGUGUGUGUGAUUGUAAAGGAUACACACCGUGAUGUCUCUCAGCGCGGUUCACGGUACACUGUCGAGCCUGAAGGCGUGUCAGGCAGACAUCGGGACCGGGAUGGACAUAGUGACAGAUGUUGCUAUGGACCUGGCGGAAACUCAAGAUAAAGACGUGAACCCUGGCAUCAAAGAGAUGGAGGCCAUGAUUCUGGAGUGUGCCAAGCUGGACAGGGAGAUUAACUACUUUGUUGACGUCGUGCAACAAGUCACAGCAGAGGUUACUACACAGCAGCCAGAGGCCAUGUUCAGCCUGUCUGCCAAAGUGAAGGAGCAGUUCACGGAGAGGAUAGGCAGGCUCUCGGAUGCUGAACUGCAGAGUCAUCAGAAAGUAGUGGCCUUCAAGGACAGCAUCAGUAACUCUCUCAACCAAGCUAACCAAGUGUCAGCAGAGAACAUGGAGGAGCUUGACGAGGACAUCGCUGUUACACAGAGCCAAGUCAACUUCACCUGCCCACUCACACAGGUUGAAAUGGUGAACCCGAUGAAGAAUAAGAAGUGUAACCACCACUAUGAUGAAGCAGCCAUACUGAACCUGAUCAAAACAAGACACGGCCAGAAAAAGAAAUGCCGCUGUCCUGUGGUGGGCUGUGGGAACACAGACGUGAAAGAGUCGGAUCUGAUCACUGACCAGAUGUUGAGGAGACGGAUCCAGAGCCAUAAAAGACAGGCCAACCGGACAUAGUACAGAUUUAUUGACAUAUUAUUAUUUUUUUUAUUAUUAUUAUUUGUUUANAUUAACAAAGUUCAUCAGUACUCAAGUUGUUGAGUCAAGUUGUGUUUUAUAAAAUGUAAAUAAAAGCCGCAGACCUUUUCAUAAAUGAA